AUGGCUGCCAGUGCGCCAUUGCCUGAGGGCAGCUGUGCGAUUCAGAUCAUGGAGAACCUUCUCUGUCCUCUGAAAAGCGCUAUUGCUACCUGGCAGCAAUCCAGUCCUUGCUGGGUGAUCGAUGCCAUCGUGGGCAUCGUGUGUGGGGUGCUGCUCUUCCUUGUGUGCACCCACUGCUCCGAGAGUGAUGGACCCUCACCACCACCGAGGGAACAUAGAAACACCAGGAAGCGUUCAGUGGUGCCCAGGAGGAGCAGCAGGAGCAGGAGCAGGAGGAAAAGUGGAGCUUUGAAAGGCUACAGAGAGUGCCUGCAGUACCUCGAAAAGGCUCGGGAAUUGAUUAGUCUUCUGCGAAGCCACCUGGGGAGGCCCCCUGACCAGUGCGGCUUUCGUCAGCGCUCCCAUCAAGACAACUCAGCUUCCCAGGAGCACCAUGACCGCAGUACAAGUGGAGGGCGCUGCCAGCAGGAGCCCCUCAGACCGCAGGACCCAUGUCGCAGACAGAGCAAGAAGUGUGUCCCCACUGAGGAGAGGGAGGGCAACAGGAGGCCGGAUCCAGGGAAGCACAGAGGGGGCUCAGCAGCACUGAGGGCCUCUCAAGCCAGUGGGAUGAGCACUGCCCAGGAUCAGAAAUCAGCAGAGCCAGUCAGAAGCCAGUCCUGCCAGGGCUUGUGGGAGGGACAGGCCCCUGCAGAAAGCCUGUUCAAGACGAGGAUGAGGCACCUUCUGCAGGGGGUGCUCCCCAGGAAAGGCAAAGGACGGGAAGGUCCCCAGCACAGAGGCCCGCCUGCAGCAGCCACUGCCCGCAGCUGGGGGCCAGGCAGACGCAGAUCGGUGAUGGACAGCAGAGCUGCGGAGGCUCACGUGCUCCAGACAGCUGCUGGCCCAGAGGAGGGCACAGCACUUCACAUGGGACUUCAUGCCCCAGAGACAUCCUUCCGGACAUAG